AUGCGCGACAAGCCGGGCGUCGCCGGGCUGCCGGUCCGCGGCCUCAACAACACCGAGCGCCCGGUGUUCGUGAACCCGAAGCAGUACGAGCGCAUCAUCAAGCGUCGGCUCGCCCGCGCCAGACUCGAGGAAAUGGGCCGCUUGUCCCGCGAACGUCAGCCUUAUCUCCACGAAUCGCGCCACAAACAUGCCGUCCGGAGACCGCGAGGACCCCGGGGAAGGUUCCUGACCAAAGAGGAGCUGGCCGAGCGCGCCGCCGAUCCAUCCGUCGAUCCCAAUCCCACCUGA